ACUACUGAUAUUAUCUGAUAUUAAUUGCUAUAUAUCGUGGGUUAAAAUAGGAACACGAAUACUUAGUUCCUAAUUUCGUGACAAAAAAUGGCAGUUUGGCUACCUUUAGAGUCAAGUCCUGAAGUGAUGUCAAGGUACUUAAAAAAGCUGGGAGUAGAAGGAGUCGAAGUUUGUGACAUAUACAGCCUUGAGGAAGAUGCGCUUUUUUUAAUACCUGAGCCGGUAUAUGGAAUAAUUCUUCUGUUUCCAAUGACGGAAAAAUAUAAAAAACUGGGGGCUGGAAAGGAGGCUAGUUUAGAGAAGCCAGACAAACUAGUUUUUUUUGUAAAACAAACAAUACUAAACGCUUGCGGUUCCCUCGCUCUAACACAUGUCAUCUUGAAUAAUUAUGAUAAAAUAAAAUUUUCAGAGUGUGGCGUUAUGGAAAAGUUUUAUCACACAACUCUUCACUUGGACCCGAACGGCAGAGCUAGAGAAUUUGAGAAAUCAUUUGCUGCGCUUCAUCAUAUAGCCUCCCUUGAAGGCCAGACAAGCCUUUCUUCAACCGCUGCUGUCGAUGGGCAUUUUGUGGCUUUUGUAAAGGUUAAAAACGUAAUUUAUGAGUUGGAUGGUAGGAAACAGUUUCCGGUUUCUUACGGCAUCACGCAAGAGAGCUCUUUUAAGAGUAUGAUUAAAGCCGUUAAAACUUUUAUGGACCAAGAUGCUGAUUUCAAGAAUUUUUCGUUACUUGCCAUCAUUCAAAUGUCUAAAGCUACUUUGGAUGCUAAUCUAAAGGCUCUAGCAAUAAAAAAUAAUAGAACACUUUUGGGGAUUGAAUAGUCGCUUUCUGCUUAUUUACAAGCUUGCA